AUGGAUUUGAGAGGAAUAGGGCAAGUGAUGAAGGACUCAAAAGGUGAUAACAACCACCCAGUUUCUUCUUCUUCUGAUGGCCGUAGCAACCCACAUGCGGAUGCGGAUUCAGCCACCGCCCUCCAACUCUUUCUCGAUCGCAUCCCCAUCAACUCAAUCCCCGGCAUCAAUAACUCAUCCACCGUUUCGGAACUCAAAAAGGGAGAUUGCCUGGCGGAUGCUAUUCGUUUGAUGUAUAAGAAGAAUGUGUUUGGUGCUCCUAUAGCCGACGAUGUGUUAGAUAGUGAUACCACCACCAAUAAAUUCUUGGAUAAGUUCAUGGGUUUCAUUGAUUUUCCUACCAUGGUUCUCUGGUGUCUUGAGGAAUGUGAAGACGUUCAUAUUCAUACGAAAGAUGAGGAAGGCAAUGAGAUGGGCAGCAACAGUUUCUUCUCCAUGCUAGAUCAGAAUCCUCGGGUCGCCCAAACUAAGAUUGGUGAGCUAGCAAAGUCAUUCCUUUGGGAUCCUUUCUUCCCUGUAAAUCUGGAAAACACUCUCUUCCAUGUUAUGCUGCUGCUUUCCAAGCACCCCCUUCAGUUCGUUCCUGUUACUGAGCAGUCCAGCUCUAAGGUCAUUGGCUUCGUUUCGCAGAAUGCAGUAAUCCAGUUGCUCUUUCAAUCAAGUGGACUGGAGUGGUUUGAUAGCAUUGCAGACAAGGCUCUAUCAGAGUUCCAUUACGAAAAUGACGAGCAUGUUGUUCAUGUUUAUGGAGACCAGAGCAUUGCAGAGGCCAUCCACAUUUUGUGGAAAAAAAGAAUUGGAGCAGUUGCAGUUGUAGAACGUGAAACCAAUAGGCUCAUUGGUUGCGUGAGGAGCACCGACCUACAUCUUCUUCUAGACAAUGAUGAUCUGUUUAGCAACAGAAAGAGUGUGACAGUGGAGAAAUUCAUUCAUAUGGACACCAGCAAAGUAGACUCUGAUCCCACCAUUGAACGAGACCUUGGGGCUCUUCUUUCAGCGGGGACUCCCGCUCUAAGAAACAACUUCCUUCCGAGGAUGGACUCACCGGUCACCAACAGGAAAACCGACACUCUCAAGCAAGCCAUGAAAAAUUUAGCCGAGAGGAAAUGCAAUUUCAGUUUCCUAAUUGACGAAUCGCAUCAAGUAAAAGGUAUGCUCAUAUUGAGAGACAUUAUUACUCAGUUUUCGCCACCUUCUGUCGAUUCAACGUUCAAAGGGGGUGGUUUCUUUGACACUGCAUUAGAACAAACUGGGUGUCACGUAGAGAGAGGAACCAUAAUUUGUGAUCAUUGAUAUGUUAUCUAUUCAAGGCUCUAUACUUUCAUCAACAAUCAAAAUUUUUAUUUUUUUCCCAAUUUGUAGUGGCAAGUUGACUUCAGCAUAUAGAUGUACAAACACUAAUAAUUUUUUUUUUUUUUUUUUGGGAAUAGACAGUACGUAAUCUCGGUUUUUUGUUGCAUAGUGAAAUAUUUUCGCCAAUCCUCAUUAUGGACGUAUGUUAUAUGCUGAACAACGUAAAUCUUUGUAGUUUGCAUGGGUUUGUGGUAACAUUCCAAUUUAUGAUUGAAGCAGUUUAUGCACAUUAAAAAUCACAUAAUUAAGCAUCACUGAGUAUCGAAAAG